AUCUUCAUCAUCAUAACCAUCACCAUGUCUUGUCGUCCCAGGUAUUGAUUUGAUCUAUUUCCGAUAGUACCACUAGCAAUCCAAACAAUAACCUGUUGAUUUGGUCCCCGAUGCAUUAACUGAUCUGGGUUUCGAUGUUAUUAAUGGAACCCAUGAAUUGUAUAUGGAUGAUUUGGAGUUAGAUUUAGGGUUAGGGUUUGGUUCUGUAGAGACACACUAUGGUAAUUUUGUUUUUGUUGUUGAAACUAUUGGUGGCAGUGAUGUUGAGGUAGAUGUUGGUGGUGAUGAUGAUGAUUUCCCUGUGGAGAGGAAGGUUGAGAGAAGGGUUUCAAGUUUGGCUUCCAGCGGGGCUACCUCCACUGUUGGUGGGGUUGAAGUCAAACUUGAACCCCACAGGGAAAGUGUUAGGCUGGUUGGCUUUGAGUCAGAUUAAGAGGACAAUGACAAUGGGGCUUUGGCUGUAGAUUUGAAUUCAGGUGAUGAGUAUGGUAUGGAUCAUGUCGAUGGUUAUGAUGAGGAUGAGAUACUGAGAGAUAUAGUAGGGUUUUUUUUUUUUUUUUCAAUUUCUUUGUGACAGUUUCCCCUUUCUUUUUUUAUUUUUUUUUUGAACAAAUUCCCAAUGGAUCGGAUUCCAACGUUUUGCCCUGAAAAGAAUACACUUAUAUAUGGCCUGACGUCACUGAAUUUGAAGACUCAAAUGCGACAGUUUCUCCUUUCUUUGUAUUUUGUUUGAUUUUAAAUGAAAUUAUUUGCAUCUU